GAAUGGAGGGCGAUGCAAGAUGGCGGCCCUGCAUGAGGAGCCGGCGGAGGUGACGGCGGUAAAGCCGGAUCCUGAGGCGGGGACGCCGCCACAGCCCCCCAGUGCUCCUCCAGCCGCCGCCGCCGCCGCUCCCGUCGCUCCCCCGGCUGCGGCGGCGGAGGGAGAGGCGGCGGGGAGCGGUGGGGAGGCGGCGCCCCCUAAGCCCGCGGCACCGGGCCCGGCCGCCUCCCCGGCGGCGCUGGACCGGCAGACGCUCGUAGCUGUGCUGCAGUUCCUGCGGCGUAGCAACCUCCGCGAGUCCGAGGAGAUCCUGCGCCGCGAAGCACGCCUGCUCGGCGAUGACCUCGGUUCCGCAGCCCUCAGCCCCACUGGCGCCGGGCUUCAGGGAAUCCCGGGUGGCGAUGCGGAUUCCAUCGGCGGCGAGGCGCUGCUUAGCCGGGUUACCGCCGCUGCCGCGAUAGGAGGCAAUGUCGCCACUGUCGCGUCUUCCAGCCCCGGGGUGGCAGCGGUCGCAGCCGUGCCGCCGGGGAAAGUUGGAGGAAGCGUUGUUGUGGAAGAUCAGCCAGAUGUGAGUGCAGUACUGUCUGCCUACAAUCAACAGGGAGACCCGACUCUGUAUGAGGAAUACUACAGUGGAUUAAAACACUUCAUUGAGUGUUCUCUGGACUGUCAUCGAGCGGAAUUGUCUCAGCUAUUUUAUCCUCUCUUUGUGCACAUGUACUUGGAAUUGGUCUACAAUCAACAUGAGAGUGAAGCUAAGUCUUUUUUUGAAAGAUUUCAUGGGGAUCAGGAGUGCUAUUACCAGGAUGACCUGCGUGUGUUAUCCAGUUUAACCAAAAAAGAACAUAUGAAAGGUAACGAGACCAUGCUGGAUUUCCGAACAAGCAAGUUUGUGCUGCGCAUUUCCCGUGACUCUUACCAGCUCUUGAAGAGGCAUCUUCAGGAAAAGCAGAACAAUCAGAUCUGGAACAUUGUUCAGGAGCAUCUUUACAUUGACAUCUUUGAUGGAAUGCCUCGCAGUAAACAACAGAUAGAUGCUAUGGUUGGAAGCUUGGCUGGGGAGGCAAAACGAGAGGCUAAUAAAGCAAAGGUUUUCUUUGGGUUAUUGAAAGAACCGGAGUUUGAUGUGCCUUUGGAUGAUGAAGAUGAAGAAGGAGAAAAUGAGGAGGGAAAGCCAAAGAAGAAAAAACCUAAAAAAGAUAGUGUAGGGUCAAAAAGUAAAAAACAGGACCCUAAUGCUCCUCCCCAAAACAGAAUUCCUCUGCCUGAACUGAAAGACUCUGACAAGCUGGAUAAAGUCAUGAAUAUGAAGGAAGCUGCACGGCGUGUGCGCCUUGGCCCAGAGUGCCUGCCCUCCAUCUGUUUCUACACAUUUCUUAAUGCUUACCAGGGUCUGACUGCAGUGGAUAUUACAGAUGACUCUAGCAUGAUUGUGGGAGGCUUUGCUGACUCUACUGUCAGAGUGUGGUCCGUGACUCCAAAAAAGCUGCGUAGUGUGAAAACAGCAGCAGACCUAAGUCUCAUUGACAAAGAAUCAGACGAUGUCUUGGAGAGGAUCAUGGAUGAGAAAACAGCAAGUGAGUUGAAGAUUUUAUAUGGUCACAGUGGACCCGUCUAUGGCACCAGCUUCAGUCCUGAUAGGAACUAUCUCUUGUCCUGUUCUGAGGAUGGCACUGUCAGAUUGUGGAGUCUCCAAACAUUCACGUGUUUGGUGGGAUAUAAAGGACACAACUACCCAGUAUGGGAUACACAGUUCUCUCCUUACGGUUAUUACUUUGUGUCAGGGGGACAUGACAGAGUGGCUCGUUUGUGGGCAACAGAUCACUACCAGCCUUUACGGAUAUUUGCUGGUCAUCUUGCUGACGUGACGUGUACCCGAUUCCAUCCAAACUCCAACUAUAUUGCCACAGGCUCAGCAGACAGGACAAUACGGCUCUGGGAUGUUUUGAAUGGGAAUUGUGUCAGAAUAUUCACGGGACAUAAGGGACCAAUUCAUUCACUAGCAUUUUCUCCUAAUGGACGAUUCCUGGCCACUGGAGCAACAGAUGGAAGAGUUCUGUUGUGGGACAUUGGACAUGGCUUGAUGGUUGGAGAAUUGAAAGGGCACACCGACACCGUCUACGCGCUGAGAUUCAGUAGAGAUGGAGAGAUUUUAGCAUCAGGCUCAAUGGAUAACACAGUUCGCCUGUGGGAUGCUGUGAAAGCAUUUGAAGAUUUAGAAACCGAUGACUUUACUACAGCCACUGGACAUAUAAACUUGCCUGAAAACUCACAGGACUUGUUACUAGGUACAUACAUGACCAAAUCAACUCCGGUUGUACACCUGCAUUUUACACGCAGAAACUUGCUGCUGGCUGCAGGAGCCUACAGUUCACAGUGAAUUGGGAAGCUGCAAGACUGACUGUGCCAAGUCACUGCAUUCGUGACCUCAGGAUGUGAGACGAGGAGGAAUGUCUUGUACAGGUGGAUCCCACUCGAAACAAAACUAUGUAAACUAAUGCAAGCAGCGUUUCUCAGUUCUGCUGUUUCAUAUUUAUCCACAGUUUGAAAAUGCUGGAGAUUGACAAGACAUCAUGGCUGUAAAAGAAGGAAUUGUUCAUGGUGCUUUUGAUAAAUAUAUACGUAUACAUGUAUAUGAAAAUGGCUGUCUCAUCUCAGAGAUGGUAUUGAGCUCUGCUGAAACUUGGAGAAAGUUAACAGCCUUUGUAUGUGUUCUCAACUGAUUUUUUUAAAGCACUUAAUUUAUGGUUAGCAGAUGUUUAAUCUAUCUCAAACACAAGUGAAAACUGUUCAGUUUCAGGAACGAAGAAUGUAGUUUAAUUCACUAUAGGCUGGGCUGGGCAACAGUAUGGUGAGAGUAUCCCAGCAACAAACAGGGCAUUGGAAGAGCAGGUCCUGCAGGCAGAGGCCUGUGGGGAACUGCAUCAGUGACGCAUAUGGGGUUUGUGCAGCCGAGUACUAAGUCCUGAGAAGAUUUCAAACUCCUGUACUCUUUUGAGGUAUCAGAAACACAGAUUUUGUUAUUCUGUUUUCACAGGUAGCCAGUGCUGUGUGACAAGCAACCAGAAGUGCAAUGUGAACUUAGUUUACUUUCAUAUUUUAUGGUCUGAAAAAGGGGGUGGAUGGGGGGGAACUGAGGCGUAACUGAAAUACCCAUUAUUAAAAAAGUGGACUUACACCCUUUUACAUUGUAUUGGAUCUAAAACAACUUCAACAACCUUUGUCAUUUCUGCAUAAGGUUUAAUAUAUCAAAAUGCAAAACUAGGCAAGAAAUCAAAACAUUGCAGAGUAAAAGGACUAAUCAGUCCUAAGUGUAUUAUCAGUUUAUCUCGUCUGCUGAAGUGACAACUUCCACCCACAAAAACUGUAACCCAGGAGGACCUCCUGGACAACCAGUAAAGCUCAGUGAUUUAUUGCUAGGAAAGAUUAAAACAUGCAAGACAUUGGGAAAUAUACUUCUUGUCUUUGACAAAAAAUCACCACCACCAAAGGACAAGCCCAGUUUGGUACGGUUAUAGGGUUGUUUUGGGUUUUGGUUUUUUUUGUAUCUCUUACAAGCUACAGAGAGGGAAAUCUGCUUUGUGUUCCUCCUUACUUUCCAGUAACAAUCUGCUGGCUCUCUAGUGAAAAUAAAAACAAGACUUGACAUUUCUGAGGUAAAGUAAGUGGAGAACUACCUCCCCUUUUCAUCCUUACUCUUGGAGUAAAGGUGUGUUACAGGCAUUACACAUCAAAAUAAAGGGUGGAAAAUUCAUUAGGAAGCUCACCUGGAAAUAUUUUUUAAAGGAAAAGAGGUUAAACCUAAAUUAUUAUGCUCUUUUUUUGUGUGUGUAAUGGUACCUCCACAAAAUUUCCUAGCUCACAAUAGGACCAGUUGGAUUUAAGUACAAUUGUGGUGAAUCAAGUUACCUAAAACAAAGCAUGUAGUUUUGACAGCUUAAAAACAACACUGCCACAUUCUGCCUUUGUAUUUUGUACAGUUUUAUACUUUUGAUACUAUAAUAAAUACUAAAACCACACAGUUUGUGUCUAUAUGUUACAAGAAGGCGUUUUCCUCUUGGCUGCAAUGGAAGCAAGAGCAGCACUUGUAUCUGUGAGCACUCUGCUAAGAAAAACAAAGUAAUUCAGAAACAAAGUAAUUUAGAAACAGUUAAGUUGAUGACAAGGUGUUUCAUGUAAGUUACCUAAGGGCAGGUGAUGGGUUGUAGCUAAUUGGAUCUAUUACAUUGUUACAACAACCAGUAUUCAUCUGGAAGGUUGCAUACAGCAAAGGCCAUUUAUUAAAACAAAACUCACGGGAGAGGAAGAUAACUACAUUUAAUCAGAAGGCCCAGAAUCUACAAAUGGCUUCAAAAAUACAUAAACUAGAGUGAGAGAGCACAAAGACCUGUUAUUUAUCUCUCCUUUUCUUCCAGCAACCCUGUCUACCUCUUCUUGCCCUCAGUUUGGGAGUAUAGUUGCAUUCUUAUCGCCGGCAGUCCCAGCUUCAGCCCUGCUGCUGGCUCCCCUCUGAAAAGCAUGGUGCCCUAUAAUCGCAUUUACACAUCAGCACUAAGGGGACAUCUAAGGAAGGGUCUAUGUUUUGAGCUACAGAAAGACACUGUGGAGAAUGCAAUAGACAGUUGUUAGUGUUGGGCAGGGAGGGGGCUGCAUAUAUCUAACUGUGGUAGGAACACCCCAUUUAUUAAGAGUUUAUGUCCAAGAAAAUCUGAACUAUUUCAGUCACUGUUCAUGAACAUGCAGGAUUACAAGAGCCUAACAUCAGCAAAGGAAGCCAUUUUCUUUCUGGCAGUUAUCUCUGAAAGGCAAGUAAAUCAAAUACCAUCCUUUAUCAGUCUAAUUUGGGAGGUUUUCCACGAAAACCAAACAGGAUCUAUGCAAAAUAUGGGCAACUGAGGCAGAAGUUGUAAUCUGCAUUGCAUUAAUAACUGUGAAGAAGUCAUGAUUUCCAUAUAAGCUACUAGCUUGGAAUACAAAAAA